GGGAUCGUUAGGCUAGCCCCGCCCACAUCGUAGUGGCGGCCUUCUGAUUGGCUGGGACGCUCUAAACAACCCCGUAUGCUCUGUUUUCCUCUACCAAGAUGGCGUCCGCUGUCAGUGAGCUCCAGUGCCUGACAAGCACGCAGCUGGGAAUAAGACAACAUGGCGGCCGCGGCUUGGGGAGCGUGACUGACUGGAGGAGCCGCCGCCGCGCCUGAAGGCUGCGGGGGGGAGGAGGACGGGCAGUUUUGGAUACUGAGACGAAAAACUCCAUUAGGAGGGAUUAAUUAUUGGUAAAAUGAGAUCUGUAACCAUCAAGGACAAUACCAGCUCCUUACCAAGCACAAUGGAGCCUCCUAAUUCCCAGUAUAACAAGGCUCUCCUGUAUUGGAAGAAGAAAGUACGACUUGAGUAUAUGCGUCUGCAGCAGCUGAAGAGACUUCAUGUCAACCAGGCUGCUGGGGCUCAGUAUGUGGAGAACCUGAUGAAAGUGCAGGAGAAAACAAAUCUUUUAAAUGAAGAAUGGAAAAAACUACGACUACAGCCGGUCCAGAUAUUGGAACCUGCCAACACCCAUCCUUUUCUGAAGAAGUGUACUGUAGAAAGUGCUUUUCCUGGUUUUGCCGUCCAGAGUAUAUUCACCAACACUCUGAACACGGUAGCACUUGUUCCCAUCAUGUACUCGUGGUCUCCACUCCAGCAAAACUUUAUGGUGGAAGAUGAGACUGUAUUGUGUAACAUCCCCUACAUGGGAGACGAGGUUAAAGAGGAAGAUGAAAUGUUUAUUGAGGAACUGAUCAAUAACUAUGAUGGAAAAGUCCAUGGAGAGGAAGAGCUGGAUCUUCCAUCUGCACUAACCGCUAGUCCACGCUCACAUGACCGUGAGCGCCUGUUUAUGUACGGUCACUCUUUCUCGGCUGGACGCAACAGCACAUCGAAAGUGGUUGACUAUGGCUCCCGACCACCACGCAAAGUAAAAUGUAGCAUACAAGGUACAAAAGGUGCUGGCAUUCUGGAUGAUUCUAGCUUUCUGGAGUUGGUUGAGGCCCUUCUUCAGAUUACAGAGGAAGGAGAGAGUGGGCACAGUGACCCACCGGGGUGUAAGGGGGAAGAGGUUAAAGGAGAAGGACCAAUGACUCGAAAAAGAAAGAGAAUUGCAGAGGAAGGUGAGGUCCAGGUGAGCCAAGGAAGUAAUUCUGCUCCAACAAAAGGCCAGACUGAAAGCAAGACAGAUGGAGACGAUAAAGUCUCAGCUCAGAGCAAAACAAGAGGCAGCAAAAGAAACAGUAAAAGUCUGCUGCCAAGUGAUCUUAUCUUCAGUGCUAUCUCCGCCGUCUUUCCUGAGAGAGGCUUUCCAGAAGAAGUCAAGAAAAGGUACAAAGAGCUGACUGCAGCAACAGACCCCAACACACUUCCACCGCAAUGCACUCCAAAUAUGGAUGGACCCUUGGCAAGAUCUGUGCCACGGGAGCAGUCCUUGCACUCCUUUCAUACACUCUUUUGCAGACGUUGUUUUAAAUAUGACUGUUUCUUGCAUCCUUUUCAUGCAAGUCCAAAUAUGUGUAGGAGAAGGAAUCGAGAAAUUAAGAUUGAGACAGAGCCUUGUGGAAAUCAGUGCUUCUUGUGGCUGGACGGAGCAAAAGAGUACGCCAUGUUGAACAACCCCAGAUUCAAGUGCUUAGGGAGGCGUAGAAGGAAAUCCCCAUCAGUUGCUGCUUCCAGUGCAAGUGCUUCCGCCAAAGAAGGAGACAGCGACCGGGACACAGGGAACGAAGGUGCUUCCAGUUCCUCAGAAGGAAAUUCUCGCUGCCAAACGCCCACGGGGCAGAGGCAGGGAAGCAUGAGUGGAGACUUGCCAGAGGGUUCAGAAACCAACGAACCAGUGGAAUGGUCUGGAGCUGAGGAAUCGCUCUUCAGAGUCUUCCAUGGAACCUACUUCAACAACUUCUGCUCCAUUGCUCGACUUAUGGGCACCAAAACAUGCAAGCAGGUUUUUCAGUUUGCUGUGAAAGAUUCCCUUAUUCUGAAAGUGCCGGCCAAGGAGCUGAUGAGUACUGCACAGAAAAAGAAAAGGAAGCACAGAUUGUGGGCUGCACACUGCCGGAAGAUUCAGCUUAAAAAAGAUAAUUCUGCAAACCAAGUAUACAACUAUCAGCCAUGUGACCACCCAGAUCAUCCAUGUGACAGCACUUGUCCCUGCAUCAUGACACAGAACUUCUGUGAAAAAUUCUGUCAGUGCAACCCUGACUGUCAGAACCGCUUCCCUGGUUGCAGGUGUAAGACCCAAUGUAACACCAAGCAAUGCCCCUGUUAUCUGGCUGUUCGGGAAUGUGAUCCCGAUCUCUGUCUGACAUGUGGUGCGGCAGAGCACUGGGACUCUAAAAUUGUGUCUUGUAAAAACUGCAGCAUCCAGCGCGGCUUAAAAAAGCAUUUGCUCUUGGCGCCCUCAGACGUUGCAGGAUGGGGAACUUUCAUAAAGGAAUCUGUUCAGAAGAACGAGUUUAUCUCUGAAUAUUGCGGAGAGCUAAUUUCUCAAGAUGAAGCGGAUCGAAGAGGAAAAGUCUAUGAUAAAUACAUGUCUAGCUUCCUGUUCAACCUUAACAAUGAUUUUGUUGUGGACGCCACAAGAAAAGGAAACAAAAUCCGAUUUGCAAACCACUCCGUGAAUCCUAAUUGUUAUGCUAAAGUGGUUAUGGUAAAUGGAGACCACCGCAUCGGAAUAUUUGCCAAACGUGCAAUCCAGGCCGGAGAAGAAUUAUUCUUUAACUAUCGAUACAGCCUGGCAGAUGCUUUGAAAUAUGUGGGAAUAGAAAGAGAGACGGACAUCAUCUGAUGCCUUCCCAGCCUCGUCAUUGGACAUUGUAACAGUCCGGGGGAAUAACCUGAACUUGUCUGCUUGUCCUGACUGACACUUUAUUGUGAAAUAUUUCUCCUUUUUGUGAAUGUAUUGGUAAGACGGAAGGGUUUCACCACACUGGCAUACAUUAGGUGCAGGUCUCGAGGCGAUCCCGGUGUAUGUGACGUUACCGACAUGAUGAUCAGUCUCCUAUCCUAGCUGUGUCUAUGGGCAAUAGUGAUUGGUCUGAACAUUUCUUAGAUGCUCAUUUACCUUUUGUGUUUAAAGGAGUACUCCAGUGUAGGAAUACUAAUCCCCUUAUCUAAAGGAUAGGGGAUAAGUGUCUGAUCGCGAAGCAGGGAACGGGGUGCGGUGCAAUCUCAUUCAUGACACCCUGACUUCUCCCCAGGAAGAGAGCAGGUCAACCCCCGACCCAAGCAGCGGCCGACGCUCUCCUCCAUGUAUUUCUACGGGAGAGCCGGAGAUACCUGAACGCCGUAUCUGUGGCUCUCCCAUAGAGAUACAUGGAGGAGGCAUGUCGGCCACCGCUUUGUGCGGGAGUCGAAAUUUCCUGUUUUUUUGGGGAGAGCCAGGGUACUGUGCAUUAGAUCGCGAUAAGACACUUAUCCCCUAUCCUUUGAUUAGGGGAUAAGUGUUCCUGCAGCGGAGUACUCCUUUAAUGUAUGGCUUGUCGUUGGUCACGUACAAUCUAAAGCACAAACUCUACAAAAUGAAUCUGUGUUUCAGUUUCCAAAGUGAAGUAAUAUUCCAGGGACUGUCUUCAGAUACAUAAUUUUAUGUAUAAAAAAAUGAAACAAAACUUAAUACUCACUUGCCCUGAUCCCUCUGCUGCCAACGUGGUCCCGGCUAUCAGCACUUCCUAGUAUCAGUCUUGGCACAAGAAAGUGACCGCUCAUGAUGUGAUUGGCUAAGCAGGCAUAUCCAUGUGUAGACACUGAACCAAAGAAGCACUAACAACCGUGACAGGUACCAUCAGAAUGACGUCAGCAAGGGGAUCAGGGAACAUGAGUAUGUCUUUUUUUUUUUGUCCCUGGAAAAUGGACCUGUCAAAAAGCACAAAGUGGAACCAUCCAUUCUAUGGGCCGUACCAAUAUGCUUCCUAUUAUUUUCCAGGAACCUUUGAUGUCAAUGUAGCACUUAUCACUGUUUCUGUAGUUUAUUGUGCUACAUAAUCGAAAUCUGCUUCCUCCACAUAAAAGAUAAGCAAAUUUAAAGGGGUACUCCACUCCACUAAAUGUUCCGAAUGCUGGUGCGGGCUUCAAGUGUCACCACGCCCCCUUCGUGACUUCACACUCCGCCCUUCGUGACAUCCCACCCCCUCAAUGCAAGUCUAUGGGAAGGGCGUGGCAACCCCCGAAGCCCACACCAGCAUUCGGAACUAAAUGUUCCGAACGCUGGGGAGUGGAUUACCCCUUUAAGGUUAACCCCAUUACAGAGUGUGAUGGCGAUGCAGCAGGAUGUUAAAGGGGUUAUAUCACUUGACAACUUAUGCCCUUUCACAGGUUAGGUUAGUGUUUUUACCAACCAGGGUGCCUCCAGCUGUUGCAAAACUUCAACUCCCAGCAUGCCUGGACAGCCUUCGGCUGUCCAGGCAUGCUGGGAGUUGUAGUUUUGGUAGUUUUGCAACAGCUGGGGGCACCCUGGUUGGGAAAUGCUAUCUUACAGGGUGGAUACUCCUUUUUCUUUGCACUCUUUAUGUGGUUAUGUACACUCACUUCUAUAUUCUGUAUGGGUUUUAUGUGUAUUAAUGUCAAUUGUACAGAUAUUAUUUCUACAGUUAUAUUUAUAGAUGUUAUCCCUGUUGUAAAUUGAAAAUUAUAUGUGACAUCACCAGGAAGAGAUAUAAGGGGGUUAUCCAGUUAUUUAAAAAUGUAUCCCCUUAUCCACAGGAUAGGGGAAUAAGUGUCUGAGCGCUUGGGGUGGAUUAGACCGCUGCUGCCCCCAUCUUCUGUCUGUGAUUGGCCGAUCGGCCUCAGUCUGUGAUUGGCCGAUCGGCCUCAGUCUGUGAUUGGCCGAUCGGCCUCAGUCUGUGAUUGGCCGAUCGGCCUCAGUCUGUGAUUGGCCGAUCGGCCUCAGUCUGUGAUUGGCCGAUCAGGCUGUCACUGCUGAGACUAGUUUGCCUAAGAAAAUAGGGGUCGGGGAGAUUCAGGCACCCUUUAGGAGAUUGAUCACAGGGGGUCCUGAUCCCCCCCCCCCUUCACAGACAAUUGUUUCCUAUCCUGUUGAUAGUGGAUAAGUUUAAAAAAAUAAAAUAACUGGAUAACAUUUCCUUAAAUAUUACAAUGAUUCAUUAUGGACACAGUUACAGUUCAUGCAGAUAUUCUAAAUACAGGAUUUAAUGUACUAUUACAAUAUACUAUAUAAACACGAACGCACGCGCAUCAUGCGGCUUGUAAUUGCAUUAUAAACAUUGGUGCCUCUUACCAUUGCAAAACAUUUUACAGUUUAUAUAUGGAUAUUGAUUAUGAAAGGGGUAUUCCAAGAAUUUAUUUAUAUAUAUAUAUAUAUAUUAUCUGCUCUGGAAAGUUAAACAGAUUUGUAAAUUACUUCUAUUAAAAA